GCAUGGCGAAGUGCACACUGGCUUUGCGUGGCGAAGUGGAAACAGGCAUGCUGUGACGAAUUGGAAACAGGCGUGCUGUGACAAAGUGGAAACGGGCAUGCUGUGACGAAGUGGAAACGGGCUGCGUGCAAACGGCCGUGGCGAAGUUCUCUCUCUCUCUCUCUCUCUCUCUCUCUCUCUCUCUCUCUCUCUCUCUCUCUCUCUGUGUCUCUCAGCGGUGUUGUGUCUGGAGAGGUGCGCUGAGAGAUGGGCAAAGUGUAGUGCAGACUCGGUGAAAACGGAUGGGCGGGUUGGCGCGCCCUAUGGGCUGUGCCUAAACUAGUGUCGCGAAGUUCUCUCUCUCUCUCUCUCUCUCUCUCUCUGUGUGUGUGUUGUGUGUGUGUGUGAGAGCGGUGUUUGUUUGUGCGUGGAGGGAUGGGAGGAGAGGUAUGCAGGAUCGGCAGGAUGAGCGCGCGGUGUUUCUGGUUUUAAGGAGUACUACAUGUGCUAUUCUCUAUUCUAUCCCUCGUGGAGAAUGGCUAGCGGGGAGACCUCCGCUCGAAGUACUAGAACUGGCUGAAUAAACACUUUUGGACCGUAUGAAAAAUCGCGAGGAGUGAUUUAACUGAGAAAGCGAGCGACGAGGGUGGAGGGUCAUCAAGAGGAGGUGCGGAUUUCAGAGAUGCCGUCGUCUCGAAUGUCCUUUUGAUCGGCAGUGGCACCACCAUGACAGCUCUUUUUCCGCGUUCCCCCCCCUUCUUUUGGACGAAGAGACAAGAGAGAGGAUCACUAGGGGAACAAAAAAAGAGAGGAGAAAUGAGGCAAGAGAGAGGCGGCAAGAAAGAGGCGGCAAGAGAAAGGAGGCAAGAGAAAGGAGGCGAGAGAGAGCAGCAGCAGGAGUCGUCCUGCUUAGGUCUGGGGUAAUGUUGGUAUGAGGGUGGUGUGGAUUUUUUGCAAAGCGCGCGUGCGGGCGCGGAAAAGGGCAGAGGCUGUGUGCCGUGCGUUUUUUCAGAACGUAGUACUCGCACAGGGACUUUCUUGAGUGAAUCUGACCGCAAUUAUGACCGGGGCGCUGCAUGUAUCUGACCGCAAUUACGUCCACAGCUGAGGCGAAACGUACGUUUUCUCUGAACGUACUAGCGCCGGGACGUUCUUGAGNACCGGGGCGCUGCAUGUAUCUGACCGCAAUUACGUCCACAGCUGAGGCGAAACGUACGUUUUCUCUGAACGUACUAGCGCCGGGACGUUCUUGAGCGAAUCUGACCGCAAUUACGACCGGUGCGCUGCAUGUAUCUGAGCGCAAGACCGCAAUUACGACCGGUGCGCUGCAUGUAUCUGAGCGCAAUUACGUCCACAGCUGAGGCGAAACGUACGUUUUCUCUGAACGUACUAGCGCUGGGACGUCCUUGAGUGAAUCUGACCGCAAUUACGACCGGGGCGCUGCAUGUAUCUGACCGCAAUUACGUCCACAUCUGAGGCGAAACGUACGGUUUGUCUGAACGUACUAGCGCUGGGACGUUCUUGAGUGAAUCUGACCGGAAUUACGACCGGGGCGCUGCAUGUAUCUGACCGCAAUUACGGGCGGAGGGGAGGAUUGGGGCGGAGGAGGAGGAGGAGGAGGAGGAGGAGGAGGAGGAGGAGGAGGAGUGGGGGGAAAGAGGAGGGAGGAAGAGGAGGAGGGGAUUUUGGGAGGGGAGGAGUUGGGUGGCGCGGCAAAGAAGGCUAGGGUUGAUGCUGCUGCGUCCGCGGGAGCUCUGGUAGUCAAAGCCGGCGGGAAUGGCGUCGGGAGUAUCAUGAUGAUCGCAAAUGGUGGGUUGUUGGAGUUAGACCGGGAGAGAGAGAGGGGUGCGGCGGAUCUGGUUGGCCGGGACGGGAUCGAGACGCUGUAUCAUCAUGGUAAUCUGGGCCACGUGGGUCUGGAUCCCGAUGGCAUCGUGAAGAGGAUUCUAGAGAGGGAGAGACCCGUGCGGGAUCGAGAGAGCAUCCUUUUGUGUACCAAGCGGACCUUUGAGGGGAUCUUAGGGUUGUUGUCGGCGCGGAGGGUGGAGGAGAAGAAGAGAGAAGAGAGUAGGGGCGGGGGCGAGGAGAAGAAAGGCGCGGGGGGAGCGCUCGGAGGCGUGGCGGCGGCGCUUGCGACCUCCGCGCAGGCGCAGAGCAGCAGAUUGUACGCGGAGGAGCGCAACUUCUGGAAGGGCUACUUCGAGACGGACGACGCGGAGAAGCUAGGGAUCGAUCCCACGAGCUCGUUCUUGGGGGACAGGACAGCGGUUGCGCUGCCGGGACUCCCCGGGCCUCCGCAGACGAGCGCGGCGGGAGCGGGAGCGCCCGGCGGCGGCGGCGCAACGGCCUCCAACACCAGGUCGGCUUCCGCCGCCGCCGCCGCCGCCGCCGCCGCCGGCACGUUGUCGUUACCCGCGCCGCCAGGUGGUGGUCCCAGCGCUGCUGCUGCUGCUACUGGCGCCGCACGCACUGCGUCGGGAUCUGCAGCACCUUCCGCUGGCGCUGGGGCGGAUGAUGCCAGGCACCGUCAUCAUCACCAUCAUCACCAUCAUGGUGGCCAUCCCCCCCAGCCGCCCGGUUCCAGACACCCCAGCCUGUCAGGCAGACACGCGCUCGCUCUGCGCAAGCCCUCCAAAGCCUCUGGCCCCCCCGUUAUCAUUGUCCCGAGCGCUUUUGCGACCAUCUUGAUGACAUACAAUGCAAAAGAUUUUCUGGAGGAUGGCAUUUACGUCCCCAAGGAGGAGAAGAUGAAGACCAUGGCAAAGAAACCAGAGUCCAUUAUGAUUAACAGGAAGCUCGGAAGGACGAAGCCGGUCCCAUAUCAAGUGGUGGACAAGCCUGCGUUGCUCAAGCCGGCGGAUUGGGAGAGAGUGGUGUGCGUCUUUGUACUCGGGAAAGAGUGGCAAUUCAAGGACUGGCCGUUCAAGAGCCAUGUAGAUAUUUUUGGCAAACUGUUUGGAGUAUACAUGCGGUUUGAUGAUGAUGGUGGUGUGGAGACGACGCUGAAGACUGUUCGACAAUGGGAUGUAAAAAUAUUGACGUUGAGCAAGUUCAAUCGGCACAGGGAUCGGACGGCAUCGUUGGAGUUUUGGGACAAGCUCGACUUGUUUCUCUCUGCGCGGAACAGCAUGCUGUUAUACUAGGGUGGGAGGGUAGGGGGGGGGAAAGGGGGGCAGGUGUUAGGAAUAACGGGGUAUC